UGCCUUAAGAGCCUUUACAGGAAAUUCACUGCAAACAAUAUUGGUGACCCUGCCAAGGAGGCAAACCUGGGAUGAUGUCAUUGUUCAAAGCUGUCACUGCCAAGCAUGGCCUUGGGGGAAGAGGUUACUGUUCUAGGCACUGGGUAUAUAUACACAGCUGUGGAGAGGACAGACAGAACCAGCCUUGCCCUUACUGCACUCCCAGUCACGUGAAACCACAGUGGGAGUGUGUCCUUUUCUGAUGCUGGGACAGAUCCUGUGACAGCUCAUAAAGCGAUAGCACUCUUCCCUCUAUUCCUUCAGUUUAUCCUCACAUCAGCCUUGUGUUUUUAUCCUCCCUCAUCUUACAGACCUUCACAGCCUGGUGCAACUCCCACCUGCGGAAGGCCGGCACACAGAUCGAGAACAUUGACGAGGACUUCCGAGAUGGGCUCAAGCUCAUGCUCCUCCUAGAGGUCAUCUCAGGGGAGCGGUUACCUAAGCCAGAACGGGGCAAGAUGAGAGUGCACAAAAUCAACAACGUAAACAAAGCACUGGACUUCAUCGCCAGCAAAGGAGUCAAGCUGGUCUCCAUCGGGGCUGAAGAGAUUGUGGAUGGCAACGCAAAGAUGACUCUGGGGAUGAUCUGGACCAUCAUCCUCAGGUUCGCCAUCCAGGACAUCUCGGUGGAAGAGACCUCUGCCAAGGAAGGGCUCCUUCUCUGGUGCCAGAGAAAGACGGCUCCGUAUAAGAACGUCAACGUGCAGAACUUCCACAUCAGCUGGAAGGACGGUCUUGCCUUCAAUGCCCUGAUCCACCGGCACAGGCCCGAGCUCAUCGAAUAUGACAAGCUGAGAAAGGACGACCCGGUCACCAACCUGAACAAUGCCUUUGAGGUGGCAGAGAAAUACCUAGACAUCCCCAAAAUGUUGGAUGCAGAGGACAUCGUGAACACGGCCCGGCCCGACGAGAAGGCCAUAAUGACCUAUGUGUCCAGCUUCUACCAUGCCUUUUCGGGAGCGCAGAAGGCUGAGACUGCAGCCAACCGGAUCUGCAAGGUGCUGGCUGUCAAUCAGGAGAAUGAACACCUGAUGGAAGAUUACGAGAGGCUGGCCAGCGACCUUCUGGAGUGGAUCCGGCGCACUAUCCCCUGGCUGGAGGACCGAGUGCCCCAAAAGACCAUCCAGGAGAUGCAGCAGAAGCUGGAGGACUUCCGGGAUUACCGGCGCGUCCACAAGCCGCCCAAGGUGCAGGAGAAGUGCCAGCUGGAGAUCAACUUCAACACCCUGCAGACCAAGCUGCGCCUCAGCAACCGGCCCGCCUUCAUGCCCUCCGAGGGCAGGAUGGUCUCGGACAUCAACAACUGCUGGCAGCACCUGGAGCAGGCCGAGAAGGGCUACGAGGAGUGGCUGCUCAAUGAGAUCCGCAGGCUGGAGCGGCUCGACCACCUCGCAGAGAAGUUCCGGCAGAAGGCCUCCAUCCACGAGGCCUGGACCGAUGGGAAGGAAGCCAUGCUGAAGCACCGGGACUACGAGACAGCCACCCUGUCGGACAUCAAAGCUCUCAUCCGCAAGCACGAGGCCUUCGAGAGCGACCUGGCUGCCCACCAGGACCGUGUGGAGCAGAUCGCGGCUAUUGCCCAGGAGCUGAACGAGCUGGAUUACUACGACUCCCACAACGUCAACACCCGGUGCCAGAAGAUUUGCGACCAGUGGGACGCCCUCGGCUCCCUGACCCACAGUCGCAGGGAAGCCUUGGAGAAAACAGAGAAGCAGCUGGAGACCAUUGACCAGCUGCACCUGGAAUACGCCAAGCGGGCGGCCCCCUUCAACAACUGGAUGGAGAGUGCCAUGGAGGACCUGCAGGACAUGUUCAUCGUCCACACCAUCGAGGAGAUUGAGGGUCUGAUCUCCGCACAUGACCAGUUCAAGUCAACACUGCCGGAUGCCGACAGGGAACGGGAGGCCAUCCUGGCCAUCCACAAGGAGGCCCAGAGGAUUGCUGAGAGCAACCACAUCAAACUGUCCGGCAGCAACCCCUACACCACCGUCACCCCCCAGAUCAUCAACUCCAAGUGGGAGAAGGUGCAGCAGCUGGUACCCAAGCGGGACCACGCCCUCCUGGAGGAGCAGAGCAAACAGCAGUCCAAUGAGCACCUCCGCCGCCAGUUCGCCAGCCAGGCCAACAUCGUGGGCCCCUGGAUCCAGACUAAGAUGGAGGAAAUCGGACGCAUCUCCAUCGAGAUGAACGGGACCCUGGAGGACCAGCUGAGCCACCUGAAGCAGUAUGAGCGCAGCAUUGUAGACUACAAGCCGAACCUGGACCUGCUCGAGCAGCAGCACCAGCUCAUCCAGGAGGCCCUCAUCUUCGACAACAAGCACACCAACUACACCAUGGAGCACAUCCGCGUGGGCUGGGAGCAGCUGCUCACCACCAUCGCCCGCACCAUCAACGAGGUGGAGAACCAGAUCCUCACCCGAGAUGCCAAGGGCAUCAGCCAGGAGCAGAUGCAGGAGUUCCGGGCAUCCUUCAACCACUUCGACAAGGACCACGGCGGGGCGCUGGGGCCAGAGGAAUUCAAGGCCUGCCUCAUCAGCCUGGGCUACGACGUGGAGAAUGACCGGCAGGGCGAUGCCGAGUUCAACCGCAUCAUGAGCGUGGUUGACCCCAACCACAGUGGCCUCGUGACCUUCCAAGCCUUCAUUGACUUCAUGUCCAGGGAAACCACCGACACAGACACAGCCGACCAGGUCAUCGCCUCCUUCAAGGUCCUGGCUGGGGACAAGAACUUCAUCACAGCCGAGGAGCUUCGGAGAGAGCUGCCCCCAGACCAAGCCGAGUACUGCAUUGCUCGCAUGGCGCCCUACCAGGGCUCCGACGCGGUGCCCGGCGCCCUUGACUACAAGUCCUUCUCUACGGCCCUGUACGGCGAGAGCGACCUGUGAGCCCCUCCUCGGCCUCCAGGAGGGCUGGGGGAGCCCUCUCCCUGCUGCCGGGCCUCCCUGGUCCUGUUCCUCUGGCUCUAUCUAUGCAAAGCACUCUGUCAGUCCUUUCUGGGGGGUGGGGGCAGGGAGGGGCUGGGGCAGGCUCUCUCCUCUCUCUCUGUCAGUUGGCCGGAAGGUUCUCUCUCCCUCCCCCUGGAUAGGGGUACAGGAGACGUUGAGAUCAGCUCUUCUGGUCUGGUAAAUAUAUAUGAUGUAUUAAUUUUUUUUUUAACUAUGUGAAGGGGAUGGCAGAUCCCCACAGAAAACAGCCCCCUCCCCGCCGAGGCAUACCCGCCACCACCGGCCCUGUCCUCUGCUCCCGAGGUCCUUUCCAGGCCUCCGUGUCCAGGCCAAAGCCCUACAGUGCCUUGUCCAGGAACUGCUCACACCUGCGAUGGCCCAGCAGAGGGCACCACCCUGCUCCCUUCACCCCUCCCCUCUGCAGUUACCAGGAGACGCCGGGUGUAGCUCAGUGCCCCCCUUUCUGCAACAGAAGCGUGGGGUUGGGCAGCCCGGCCUUGUACCCCUGCCAACAACCAGCUCCCACCUUGCUUUGUCUGGACUUGUGUCUCUCAGAUUUUCUAAGGACCAAAACCAAAAAAAAAAAAAAAAAAAAAUCACAAAAAAAGCUAUAAAAAAAUUUAAAACUUUCAGAGAAUUACUGUUUACUUUAUUAUUAACUUUCGGAUUUAUUAUAUAAAUAUAUAUUCACCUAGCAACCUGUCUUUGCCGCCUCUCGCUCUCAGAAUGAAGACCUAGCUGAUCUGCCCCUCCCCGGCCCCUUCCUGGUUUCCCGUUGUCUGUAGGGCAUGGUCUCGGGACCCUCCGAGGGGGGGCUGCUGGCCUGGCUGCCUGUUAGUUGAUGGUUCUGUUCCAUUUCCCCACUCCCCUUCUCUUUUGUUUUAUUCUGAUUAUUUUUUCUGGUUUCUGGAUAAACCACCCUUCUGGGGACAGGAUAAUAAAACAUGUAAUAUUUUUAA